AUGCAUAAGCAUGGUCAUCAGCAUCAUCAUCAAAACGGCAAGGUGGUCGAGGAGUCCAAGGAGGGCUUCCGGCAAUGGCUCCUGACCAGCGGCCACUUCCCGGACCCAGACAUCCUGCUGAACAAGGACAGGAUGGAGGAGCGCAAGGCCUUGGCCAGAGACACUGCGCUCCCGGCCUCCGUCCUGAUGGACGCGUCGGCGUUGUACGCCGGCAUCGCAGAGAAGAUAUUGGGUCAGAAGUUGAAGCUGUCGGAGAACCCGAAGGCCGGCCGGACGGGGCAGCAGCAUUGUCGUUGGAGGGAUACUGUUCGGACACAGGCUUCUUGGAGGCGCGGGCCGUCCUGGUGGCCCAGAACCCCGAGAUCCCCGGUGGGCACCCCAGAGGAGCCAAGAGAAGGGAGCCUCCAAGAAGCUUCCCAUACGCUGUCAAAGAAGAAAACAAGGACGAAGGAGGAAAGAAAAAGAGAGGCUGCGGACAAGGAGUGGACGCUUUCGCACGUCUGUGCCACUGCCAGUGCGGGCGGGCGCGCCGUGCACUCGAGCGCUCACAGCACACGUUGA